AAGAUGUGCGCUGAACCUCUGUCCCUGCGCACUGGAGGCUCUCCCCUCACCGCUCCUCCUGUGUUUUCGUGCUCAGCGCCGCUCACACCUGAAGUGACAGAGAGGGAGUGACGCUCAGAGACGCUCCAAGCUGUGAUGAAGGCAGCGCGCGGUGCUGCCCUGCCUGCCGCUUCUUCUUCUUUUUCUUCUACUGUACAGCGACUGCAGGGCACAUUUGGAGAUCAAGUCAGAAGCCAAACAAUAUCCAAAAGAGGAGUGGGGGGACACGCGCAUGUGACAGGCUUUGGACGUUUCCAUUCAAACAAGUCCGGCAGGGAAUUAAAUCUCUCCAUCGGGAGCGGCGUUAUUAAAAAACCACUGGCGACUGGCGUUUUGAAGCAUUGCACGCCUCGUCCGUCGCCUGUGGAUCGUCACAGCACCAUGCGAGCAGGAGAGACGCGCCCUGUGCCAUGCUGAACGACUCUCCGACUCUCCUGCUGGCUCUCACCGCGGUGGCCGGACUUCUCCAGCGAUGUCAGGGCUGGAGCGACGAGGAACUCCUCCUGCCGCCCAACAACUCCUCCAACGGGUUCCUGUCCAACCUGGAGGUGGACGUGCGCUUCUCCAAGAGGUCUGUGGAGGAGAGCGACGCCUCGCCCGACGGCUCCUCCCUGCAGACCAUGUCCCAGUGCAACGUGAGCGUCCAGAGACUCCAGCCCACCUCGCUGGUGGCCCGCUGGGACAGCAGCUUCGGUUUCCAGUGUGACGUGCUCAUCUACACCACCAACAACCACGGAAGGGCUUUUUUCUCCGCGUCUUUGAACAGGGCGAUCUCCCCCGUCGUCAUCGAGCACCUCGGGGUCACCGGGGGUCAGCAGGAGCUGCGGCUGUGCGUGGGCUGCGGGAUGUCCCGAUACCGGAGGUUCGGUCAGGGCAGGUCGAGGGGCCAGCAGGCCGGGGAUCAGGUCGCUUUCUGCUGCGUGGAUUUCAGCCUCGACGAGCUGAAGGGGGACAAAAGUUGGAGGCUGAACAGAAAGCCCAUCGAGUCGACACUUGUGGCUUGUUUCAUGACUUUGGUCAUCAUUGUGUGGAGUGUUGCUGCUCUCAUAUGGCCAGUCCCGAUCAUUGCAGGAUUUCUGCCCAAUGGGAUGGAGCAGAGGAGACCGAGAUAAUUGAAAUAAUCUUUAUUAUAAUUAGCCUGUGCUGCCUAUACUAUAAUUGUAGCCAUUCAACUGUUCACCUGAAUGAAUGAUUGAGGAGCUUUGGAGACACUUUGACCAAAUCUUUUAGUUUUGGGUGUUCUUUAAUCCUUAUUAGAGCUCCUCAUGAUUAAGACAACCAAGGUAAAGUAUGAUGGAUUAUACUAGCCAAUAGUAAUCUGGGACCAACACCAAUGUGUUUUGUAUACCCUUGUAGGCCUUCCUAUAGAUUAUGUCAGCGUAGACUGUGCACACUUUUCUCUUUAAACAGUGUUUGUAUAGUUUUUAAUCUUUCUAGAAAGUUUUUGCCUUAUCCCAUGUGUAGGAUUUUUUGCACUGAAAACUGAACUUUAAAGUGUGCUGUUACAUAUAUAACCUAUAGUCUUGUUCAAAGUAAAUGUAAUAGUUUUUUCCCAAUACGUUCUGAAAAGAUAGAUGUUGUUUCUGAUUGACAUGUAGAGAGGGUUUCAAUAAUUAUAUUGUUAGAUUUAUAAUGUCAAGAUCAAUAGGCGUGCUUAUUUGUAUUCAUGUUGCAGCGGUUUCAAUGAUAAUAAAAUUGAUUAUAGGCUAUAACUCAGAUUCUGUCUGAACUGUUCUCUGUAGCCUGAAUCAAUUUACUUCUAGUGAACACAACAUGUGGUCCAAAGUGGAAAAUAUACUCAGUUGCCAGUUUAUUAGGUACAUCAAGCUAAAACCAAUGCAGUCUAAUGCAACAGUCCAUUCAAUAAAAUCUGCCUUUGUGAAGGUCAUAAUGUUUAGUUUUACUAAAACUGUUUUAGACAGGCGUUAAAUCAACUGUGUUCAUUUUGGAGGAUGUAGUUUGUGGUGCUGUUAAGCUGCAUUUCAUUAUACAGAGAGGUGUUUUUGUUCUCGUUGACCCACAUUGAUAUAAAUGGGAUGGACUAAAUAAUAGAAACAUCUGUCAGUAUAACACAAUACAAUUCAACAGCACCACAAUGAACCCUCCAAAAUGAUCAUAAAG